AGAGCUGGAAGGUAAUCCGGAAGUGUCUCCAGCGCUAGGCUUCCACAGUAGAGAAUGUGAUGGCUUUGCUGUAAGCAGAAUGAAAUCUCAGCGAGACAGAGCGGAGUGUGCGCGGUUUUAUACUGUUACAGACCCCAAGAAGCAUCAGAAAGGAUACACUGUCUAUCAAGUCACUGCCAGGAUCAUCUCCAGAAAGAAUCCUGAGGAUGUGCAAGAGAUAAUUGUCUGGAAGAGAUAUAGCGACUUUAAGAAGCUGCACAAGGACCUUUGGCAGAUUCAUAAAAAUCUGUACAGGCAGUCAGAACUCUUUCCACCCUUUGCCAAAGCCAAAGUUUUUGGUCGCUUUGAUGAGACUGUGGUUGAGGAAAGGCGACAGUGCUCUGAAGAUCUACUCCAAUUUUCAGCCAACAUCCCUGCUCUCUUUAACAGCAAGCAAUUUGAAGAUUUUUUUAAGGGUGGAGAGGUUCAUGAUGGCUCGGAGUUGAUUGGCCCUGCUGAGCCCUUUUCUGAUUUCCUUGCAGACAGUUUAUCAGACUGCAGUUCAGAAGUUCAGAAAGAUAUAAGUGGCUUUGAUGAUUUGACAUUUAGCAGUCAAUCAGAAUAUGGAGGCCUCUCGAGUGACAACUAUCUGAUAUCUUUGCGAGUGGACACAGACUCUCUUGCUGAGUUUGAUGAUGGAAUGGCCAAAGCCAGCCACUCUCCAAACAAGCUGCUGGGUGGUCCAUCUCCUGAACCCACACGAAAGGAGUCUGUCGGCCAUGAUCCGGAGAUGAGUAAGAAUGGUGCAGAGGGAGGCAGCAGGGUACUCUUCCCUGGCAGCCAGAAGACAGACUACCUAAAAAAGGCAGGUGAGCUGAUAGAGCUGGCUCUGCAGAAAGAAGCUGAACAGGACUAUGAAGGAGCCUUCUCUUUCUACAGAAGUGGAGUGGAUCUGCUUCUCCAAGGAGUUCAAGGUGAGCCUAGCCCCACACGCCGUGAAGCGGUGAAGAAGAAAACAGCAGAGUACAUAAUGCGAGCAGAACAAAUAUCCAAUCAGUACCUGAAAGCCUCAAAAGAAAAUGGAUCAGUACAGACCGUGCCUCCAGGACAGCUAAGUUCAAGGCCCACUUGGAACCUGAGGAGCCCUGCGGAGGAACUGAAGGCCUUCAGAGUCCUCGGGGUGAUUGACAAGGUGUUACUGGUUAUGGAUAAAAGAACGCAUGAGACCUUCAUUUUAAAAGGUCUGAAGAAAAGUAGUGAGUGCAACAGGAACAAAAAGACCGUCAUCCCCCACUGUGUGCCCAACAUGGUGCGUCUGCAUAAGUACAUCAUCUCAGAGGAUUCCAUAUUCCUUGUGCUGCAGCACGCAGAAGGUGGGAAGCUAUGGUCCUAUGUGAGCAAGUUCCUAAACAAAAGCCCAGAAGAUAGUUUCGACAUCCCCUGCAUUGAAAGAUCCCAUCCUACAGGUGUCCAUAAUGUGGAACAAUUUGUGCCUGGCUUAGAAGAUGUAGGCAGCAGCAUUGAAUCAGGAGGGCAAAGCGAUGGCAAAACACUGCAGGUUCUGCCCAUGAAGAUCAGCCUGACACCCACCUCCCAAGAAGACAGCAGCACUCAGGAGGAUGGCGAGGACGACUCUCAUGGGUUACUUGACUCAGGGGCCACAUCCGACGAGGAAUGCACUAAUAGUUACUUAACAUUAUGUAAUGAGUAUGAACAGGAGAAGGUAGAACCAGACUCUUUGUCUGAGGAGCCACUUCUGAAAUCCGAAGAUGACAGCGCAAGCCCCCCCAUCGGGGCACAGUGCUCAAGACCUCAUUCCCUGCUCAGCAAUGACAGCCUGUGUUCCCCAAUCACGGCUCAGGAACUUCAGUUCUUUACUGAAGAUGCAAACCCUGAAGUGUUUAGUCCAACCAAAACCAUGGAUUCACUGAACCAGUCUAAAAAAAGCCCAAUGGAGUUUUUCCGGAUAGACAGUAAAGACAGUGCCAGUGACCUUGUGGGUCUUGACCCUGGUGACAAGCUCCCAAGCUUGAAAUCAGAACCAAUAAAGCAUUUCUAUACUGUGGCUGUUGAGGACUCAAGUUCAAGACUUAUUGACACUGUUGAAAUAAAAGGAGGCGUGGCAAACUUUGUAACUGUUGAUAGUGAUGGAGGAUCGAAUGAGUCAGUUCCUGUUAUCUCAUUCCAAGAUGCUGCUUUUGGAGAUGCAGGAAGUUGCGAUGAAGGCAGACCUGACCUCCUAGUGAACUUGCCAGGUGUUUCCGAUUCUUCUGAAGAAAAACUGACUCUGUCCAAAAGUUGCCUCAUAGAAGAGGCAACAGGAUCGCUUAUGUUUGGAAAGCCUGAUGUUUUGCAACUGAAUCACAAUUUAGGCGAAGGAACUACUUUUAAAGGUACACUAGAUGAAGAUUUCUUUGACUCUGGCAAAGCAAUCUCAAAUACCUCAGGCACCACUAAUGAAAAUGAUGCAUCAAAUAAAUUUGAGAAAGAACAGACUCUUUUAGGUUUAAAAACAGAAAAUGAAAGUAUGUUUGAUAGUUUUGGUUAUUUUUCUCGGGAACAUGUCGCACCAGCUUCUUUAGAACUUCAAACAUCACAUAACAUGGACACUCUUUUCGUGGACGACCAUGAAAUUUCCAGUGUGCCUCCCCUGAGUUUACAUAAACCAGCUGGUUUAGAUGGAAAUAAAGGAAAUUCUGACAAUCAGGGCUUGCUUUUUGCUGAAGAGCACCACAAUAGCAAAAGUGAAGAGUUAAAUGCUACAGAUCGCAGUGAAGAAAGAGUGGCUGAGGACAAAGAAGUUUCUCAGAUCUUCAAGGAUCUGGAUGAACUUUUAGUGCUAGCUUCCCAAGCACACAUUCCAGAGACGCUCAUUCAGCGCUGGGCAGUGGGCUUGGUUGUUGCCCUUGAUGCACUUCACCGAGAAGGAAUUGUGUGCCGUGAUUUGAACCCAAACAACAUCUUAUUGAAUGAUAGAGGACACAUUCAACUAACAUAUUUCAGCAGCUGGAGUGAGGUUGAAGAAUCCUGUGACAGUGAUGCCAUAGACAGAAUGUACUGCGCCCCAGAAGUUGGAAGCAUAUGUGAAGAAACUGAAGCAUGUGAUUGGUGGAGUUUGGGUUCCCUUUUGUUUGAACUUCUUUCUGGAAAGUCACUGUAUCAGUGCCAUCCUGCAGGAAUCAAUAGGCACACAUCUCUAAACAUGCCAGACUACGUUUCAGAGAAGGCCAAAUCUUUGGUACAGCAGCUUUUACAGUUUAACCCCAUUGAGAGACUCGGAGCAGGAGUAGCCGGGGUGGAGGAGAUCAAAGCUCAUCCGUUCUUCAGCAGGGUGGACUGGCCAAACUAGCUGAGGAGUUUUCUUGGAUAACAGUGUAUCAUCAGCCCCAGUUGAUGAACUAAGCCAGAUAGAAAUGCAACCUUCCAUAGCUUCACAGGAGAACACAUGGAUAAAUAUGCUAUUAUCUGUGUCAUUUUAAUAUUGCACCAAUGACGUUGUUUAGUCUGGGUUUUGCUUGAGUUCUGAAGUAACAAAGUGUACUAUUAAGAUACUUUUAAAUUAUGCAGAAAUACUGCAUACAGCUCAACAUCCUAAGAACACAAUACCAGACUUUUAAAAUGUUUUUUAAAGAAAUUAAUAUAACUACAGCCUAUCAAUUGAACACUCACUUUGAAAUUGUAAAAAAAAAAAAAAAAAAAAAAGUUGACAUGUUUCACUGUACAGAUUUAAAGAUGUAAACACAGAUGUUCCUGUGCCACAGGCAAAUUAAUCUGUACCAUUUCUUAAAGGGUUAGUAUCUGCCAUGUACAUUUUAUAAUGAGAUUAAUUUCCCUUUCAUAUCUGUUCUGUAUAAUUCUGUAUAUAAGUUUGUAGACUGCAGAGUUCAUUUGAAAAAUACAGACUUCUUUAUACAACAGUAGUAAAGUAGGCUUUAAAUUUUGUGGCAAAAAAUAGUCCCUACCUUUAGUUGCAGGGAGCACUUCCUGUAUAGCGAGUACAUUACUUUCAUAGGAUUGCUUAAUUAAAAAAAUAAUAAUUGUCAAGAAAUGUAAUGAAAAACAGACAGAACAUUAAAUGGAUAUUAAUUGCAUGAGAAAUUAUCAUUGUCUAUAUACAUUAUGACAGGCAUCUUAUUGUAAAAUAUUGGAUUGUUUUUUUUUUUAUAAAGAUGUGCAGAGGGGUGAAUGUCUAAACUCCUGUAUACACUUAUGAACACAAUAGGAACAGUGGGGUGUGCAGCACUAAUUGAAAUGUGUGGUAGUUUUGGUAACUAAGGUCUAGCAGUAUGUGGCUUCUUUUUUAACAUGUUUGGAUUCAAUGGAAAGAAACCUGUCAAUUGGGAUUGGUUGCUACCUUUAAGCCUUCUUGUUGACGAUUUGCCCUAGGGGUGAAGUUAACUGGAAUGUAGACAAAACUACAUUAGAGCAAGUAAGCAGUUCUGAUGGUGCGAUUUCAAUUAAAAUGAUACUUAACAGCCUGUCAAUGUAGACCCCUCUUAUUUUAUCAAUACAAUCACAAGUAUUUUAUCUGUUUAACUAUGUUUCAUCUCUUUCAGAAUCUAGAUCAAAAAGACCUUUCAGCUAUAUUACUCUUUGGAGUCAGUUCUGAUUACAAAUGGCCAUUUAUUUAAUACAUCCCUCCAAUUAUCUGCUUUAAAUGGCAGCCAAUUCAACCAACCACAAGUGUAAAGUAUCCUAAUCGCUAGCCUACUCUCUGUAGAGGGAGGUGUAGCCACUAUCUGAAUGCAUAUAGGAAAUUGCCACCUUGGUAUAAUUAACCAGAUUCUUUGAAAACAUGUAAGGGGAGAAGACACAAAUCUGCAAAUUGGCACAUCCAUUGUAAUGAAUGACACUCAUCAUGUCACAGGACCUUUUGUAAAAAUGUUGUGCACCUUGUACAUGACUGUAUAUAACUUCUAUUAGUAAUAAUUGUAUACAAAAUAGUGACUGUGCAAUUGGCAUUGUAACACAGCUGAGCUUUAUAGUAAUUAACUAAAUAUGUAUGUACUGUCACAGUGGUAUAUCUGUAUUUUUGGUAUUAUUAUUAUUUGCUAAUUAUUGUACUAAACACACUACAUGGAGCAGUAGUCAGUCUUAAAAGUUACAUUUAAAUCUCAAUAAAUGUAUGAAUGAAAAGUGUGUGUCACUUUUGAAUGGGAAAGGAGAGUAGCAGCGGCAGGCUGGUGUUAAAACCCGAGCCUUGUGACCAGUGGCUGACUGGAUUAAAUCACAGUGACAGUGAUGCUGACACUCACAGCUGCUGACAAGAGCACUUCUGAGUAUCACUGCUUGACAGUAACUGGCAAGACAGAGUGGUGGAGCUGC